UGGCCGUGGCGCUGCCCCACUCCUCCUUCCCGUUCCAGUCCUCCUCGACCGCGUCGGUUCGGCUCGGGCAGUUUUCUUCCGACACUGACAAGCGGGUCCCAACCCCAGCUCCAUGCCUCCUCUGCCGCCUCUCCUCCUGCUCCGUUCCGCAGCGCCGCCCUGCGCCGUCCCCCGGCGGAGGCUGAGGCGGCGCCGGAGUGCCGCCCCGGUACGGGCGUCGUGGCAGGAGCUGGCGGGCGUGCUGGUGUUCUCCGCCAUCCCCUUCACCGCCGUCAAGGCCCUCGCCAACAGCCCCCUGGGCGCCCGCCUCCGCCGCCGCCUCGAGGACAGGAAGGCCGUAGCGGCCGCCGAGGCCGACGCGCUCCGAGCCGCCGCGCGCGACGCCCGCGACAACAGCUUUUGGUACGGCGGGGAUCGCCCGCGGUGGCUUGGUCCCUUGCCUUACGACUACCCUGAGCAUUUGACGGGAGAGUACCCGGGAGAUUACGGGUUCGAUGUAGCAGGUCUGGGCAGGGAUCCCGUUGCUUUCGCAAACUACUUUAACUUUGAGAUCUUGCAUUGUCGGUGGGCCAUGCUUGCAGCUCUCGGUGUUGUUAUUCCAGAGCUAUUAGAUCUAUUUGGGUUAGUUCAUUUUGUUGAGCCUGUCUGGUGGAAAGUUGGUUAUGCAAAACUUCAGGGUGAUACCCUUGACUACCUUGGGAUUCCUGGAUUCCGAAUUGCUGGAGGUCAAGGUGUCAUUGUAAUUGCUAUCUGUCAAGCCCUCUUGAUGGUUGGGCCUGAAUAUGCGAGGUACUGCGGGAUUGAGGCACUGGAACCAUUGGGAAUAUAUCUUCCUGGUGACAUAAACUACCCGGGAGGAUCACUUUUCGAUCCCUUGGGCCUGUCCAAAGAUCCGGUGGCAUUUGAAGAGCUCAAGGUGAAGGAGAUCAAGAAUGGUCGCUUGGCCAUGGUAGCAUGGCUCGGAUUCUACAUUCAGGCAGCUGUGACUAGCAAGGGCCCUAUUGAGAACCUCGUAGAACACUUGUCCGACCCCGUCCAUAAUAACAUCUUAUCCUCCUUCCACUGAGAAAAUUUGACAGAGUGGCAUAAAUAUCUGUUGUGAAAACAUAUGUAUAUAGUGUUUACAGUUUUGCACUGAUGGGUGUGCAAUAUUAGCUAUUAGUUAUUGAGAAAAGUCCGUUUUACACCUCUAAACUUGUCACCGCAUCUGAAAAACAACUCCGAAAUUAAGAACCAGAAAUCUUACGUACCUUAACUUUCA